CUCUCGUUGGAGGACUCCCUAUGUACCAAGCUUUUUCUUUAAUUGUAGUUUUUGUCGCGAGCAGGUCUAAUGAGUGAUUUUGAAUUGUAAACGUCGGAUCACUAUUCAUGCUGCAUUCAACACCACCCCUUCCCCCCAGCUUCGGUAAAAGACAUUUGGGAUGAGAUCGACUUUCCCGUACCGCUAUGGGCUCACCGGUGACGGCGAUGUUCACAUCGGCAAAGCUCGUUAUCCGAGCGAACUUUCCCGCCCCUGUCAAGCCAGCUCGACGCAGCGGUGUUGGCUGUGCGAAGACGUUGCUACUUGGAACGACGUUAUCAGUCGCUUCGGUUAUGAGUUGUGGGAAAAGCAGACCGGUAUGCUCUGCCUCCGAACAAUACCGCAUGCCAGGGGCUUCGUGUAUGAGCAAGUCACGCAAGUUUCGUCCACCCUAUCCGCUCUCCUCGAACGGCACUUGUGCAUUGAUGAGGUAAACUUUACUUACAAUGCCUUAUUAUGGGUCUCUGACCUCCAGAGGCACCAUGUGAAGCUCAUACGUCCUGGCAAUUCUGUUCGCCACGUGAAGGUUUCGUGCAGUUGCACUCAUUCGUGCGAUCCAUUCCAAGUCGCCGACUUUAGUUCUUUGGCGACUUUGGAAACUCUCGUUUUCGAGGGCUUCCACAUCUCUGCCGAUGCGGUCUCUAAGAUAGCUUCGACAUUAUCUUGCAAUGCAGCUACACUGAGGAAAGUGGUGAUUGAAUACGCACGCAUGUCGCAAGAAGGUAGCGAUCUAUUGUGGCGUAGCCUGCAAGGAUGCGUUCGCCUAAUGUCAGCUUCGCUGUCGUACACAUGCUUUCCCGGAAGCGUGGAUCAAUUGGUCCGUCUUUUGCAGUCGUCCCAUACAUUAGAACAAAUGAAGGUUCCAACAAUGACACACGCAAAGCAUGUGAAUCAGGUAGCUAAGGCGCUAAGGAAUAGCACAUCUCUGCAAGAUAUUUACAUCUGUGAUGCAUCAACUUUGUCAAUGGCACCAGUAUUCACAGCUCUUCAAUUUCACUCGAGAAUAAAAUGCUUGCAUUUAGUCAAGUAUGCCAUCUUUAGAAGCCAGGGAACAUCUGUAGCAUCGAUGCUCCGUUCAAACAAAGUACUUCGGAUAUUAAUUAUAGAACAUGGUUCCCUAUCCACGUGUGGUGCUGAGGAGCUUGCAAAGGGUAUAAGGGAGAACUCGACACUACAGUGCUUAGAGUUCCUGUCAUCAAGCGUUGGCGCAGCUGCCAUUUGCUGUCUCUGCAAAGCACUUGAUCAAAACAAGACCCUGAAGAGGCUGAAGUUCAACAAAUAUUAUGCGCUGAACAGCGAAAGGGCGAGCUUGGCAGCUGUGCUGGGGAGCAGCAGCUCCUAUGAUCGUGUGCUGGUCCCACUUGUUGACGCCGACGUCAAGAGCAUUUUAUCACAUCAUACCAAGGUUCAGCUCUUUCCCACGGAACUCAGCCUAGACAACAUCUGUGACAUUUCUUCUGUGCUUUUCCAGGAACUCUGUGAAGCCCUAGCUUUAAGCACUACGGUGCAGACUCUGAAGGUGUGCUAUGAGGGCCACGAACCAGUCAAGGGAGACUUAUUUUCAUCAAUGCUGAAAGACAACAAGUCUAUCACAUCUUUGGAGAUUUCCCUGCACUCAGACCCUGCUAGUUACUGUCUAGCGGUAAAGGUUGCUGCAGCACUUAUCCACAACACAACUCUGCAGGAACUCAGUGUUUGCUUUGCCUCUUUAAAGUUGGACCGUUACACAGCCUUAUCAUUCUGCCACAUGCUUUCUAAGAAUGAAGCUUUGUGCAAGGUCUUUAUAAAGAUAUCUCAUGAGCUGUGUGAUAAGAGCCUAGAACUGCUUUCAACUGGAGUCCAGAACAGUGAGGUACUGUUGGAAUUUGGCACAGGAAAGGUAAAGAUUCCACUUAAUUGCACCACCUACCCUAUGUUCAAGACCCUGCAGCAGAACAACAGCCGAUUGAAUAAAGCAGUUAUGUUUGUUCAGCAUAAGAGGGACAGGCAGUGUGCUGUGGCUUUUGAGUACCUUUGCAGAAAGCCUCACUUUGUCUCCUAUGUGGCAAGGGUGGCAGGACAAAGCAUUUCAGAGGCCUAUCAGAACAUUAAGUCCUCUCAGCGCUAUCUUUUUGACAACUUCUUUGUCAUUGCAGGAAUUGUGCGACAUUCUGUUCAGUGUUAUCCUGGCCAGGGAACCCAGAUUGAUGCUUUGAAUGCAGAUAGUUGGCGUGCCAUUGCUCAGUAUGUCAAAAUGUCAGAUAUUAGUGCCUGAGGACAUGUGACAUAGAAUUGUAUAUAUCUCUUAUGGCUAUGUUUUCAUAAUUUGUCUGCUUUUUGUAUGCAUUAACUUUGCCUCUGUGUGUUAUGUCAUUUGCAUGUGUGCUUGAGUCACUCUCAUUAACUGCUAUUGUAUAUAUUACAUUUACUGGUCUUCACAGUAUAAUAACAAAUGCAGUGGCUUGUUUUAAACCUGGGGACAAGUGGUUGCGUGACCAGCCACUGCUGAUAUUGCAAACCGCUGUUAAUGAUUUGUCUGUUCAAAAAGUCAUUUUUGCAGUAUUGUAAAUUAGCAUGUACAAUCAGCAGUGAUAGACCAGUUUCAAGGAAUGUCAAUUACAUGUACUUAUAAGUGGUAAUAAGCUCAGGCUACUACUGAUAAGGUCCAUUACACACUUGGUGGUAAAGUUGCUUUGAAUGAGAAGGCAUGGUAAUCAUUAGGCAUGAGCUGGAAUGCUACCACGUGUACUUAUAUGGGUACUAUGACACCAAAAGAAAGGAAGAUGAGGAAACACACAAUGGCAGACAAGACACCUGAUCCCUAACGUCUUCGUUACAAUUGUUUUUCCAUGCCAUAAUACUUAUACCAGUAUGUCUGACCAACUACCACAAUCUAAUACUCUGCCACAUGUGUGUGAAGUAGUCUAAUUCAAUUUGAAGAUUCCAAAGGCUAGGUGCCUUUGUUGAUGCAUUGGUGUGUGCAGUGAUGGGAAAGCUGCUACAAUUGCUCCAAGCUGCUACAUUUAAUUAAAGCUGCUACAUCUAUGCUACAAAUGAGCACCAUUGCUCCAACCUGCUACAUUUCGUGAAAGCUGCUACAUCCAUGCUACAAAUGAGCAGAACUGCUCCAAAGCUGCUACGCAUAGCCUCCGAGAUUACCUGGCAAUGCGCCGCUUUAUCUCGGAGGCCACCGUCAAGGGGAUUUGUUGGCUCUGUUUGUGAAAAAUGCUGGUGAACUUCUUACAAGGUUCCUAAAACUGUUUCAGGGAACCGAACCCCUGCUUCACAUUCUUUAUUAUGAAAUGGUGAUGCUGCUAAAAAAA